AAGUGAUAAUGUUCAGCUACUGAAUUAGGUAUGUUUUUUUUUUCUUUAUUUAUUUAUGAUAGUCACACAGAGAAAGAGAGAGAGGCAGAGACACAGGUAGAGGGAGAAGCAGGCUCCAUGCACCGGGAGCCCGAUGUGGGAUUCGAUCCCGGGUCUCCAGGAUCGCGCCCUGGGCCAAAGGCAGGCGCCAAACCACUGCGCCACCCAGGGAUCCCCUGAAUUAGGCGGCAGCCAUGGCGGGCCAAAAGGAUCCGGUGCAGUGGGAGAUUCACCAGGACUGGGCGAACCGGGGAUACAUUGCGGUCAUCACCAGCAGCAUCAAGAAGAUCGUGGACUUUCUCAACUCAUUCGAUAGGUCUUGUUCAAGACUUGCAAAACUAAACAAGAAAUUGACAGCCCUCGAGUGGAGAAUAGAGUACAUUGAAGCACAGGUGACAAAAGGUGAGACUCUCACCUAGAACUAUGCCAUGCUGCUGCUGGGAAGUAGCUUUAUGGAACACAGGCUGAUGUGGGAAAGGCCCCAGGAGCCUCAGUUCCUUCCUCUCUUCUUAAAGAGCAACAGGGCUUAUUCUUUCAAAAGUGUGGCCUUUGGGCUUUGCCAUGUACAUUGAUGUGUGAUGUGGCAUGUGGGAAGAAGUCCAGGGGAACUCUUGGAACCAACAUUUUACCUUUUAUGUAACAUUUUGUAGAACUGUUCAUCAGUGUGUUUGAAGCGCUCAGAGCCAGUUGCCUGGGACUCUUUGUUAAGGUCCUCUCCAUCUCUCCAUCUCUCUCUCUGACUUUCCUUAUAGCUCUCAUUGCCUCUGCAUUGAUUCUAUAAACAGUCUUUGUCUCCUUUCCACCUUUGGCGUGGGGGGUGGGAGGCAGUCCUGGCUGAGACACUUACACCCGGGCAAGGUGGCCACCAGAGAAUGUCGUUGCUAACCUACCAGUUUCUUGUCCUUGGCGGGAGGUCAAGGCCAUGCCCCCACUUGGCUUGAAGGGUCAUUUUCAGAAUUUUCUUUCUGUCACUUGGGGUAUCUUUGCCUCUCAUAUUUCCCUAAUAAACUCCUCAAUUAAAAAAAUUAUAAUGGUAAAAGUUGGUGUUUUGUCAUAAUACUAAUGAGCAUGCUUCUCAUGUUUCACUACCAAGUUUAAUGUAGCUGUUAAGAUGGAAGAAAUUGAUAGUUUUAUCAUUUAAAUCAGGGUUUGCAAAGUAGACCCUCAGACUAAAUCCAACCUUCUGUAGCUUGUUUUCAUGGCCCAGAACUUAAGAAUGAUUUCUACCUUUUUAAAUGCUUGAAAAAAAUCACACCAAAAGAAUAUUUCAUGAUACAUGAACAUCAUGACAUUCAAAUUUCAGCAUCCAUAAGUAAAGUUUUGUUGGAACACAGCUAUGCUCAUGCAUUUACAAUCACUCCUGGCCGCUUUCUAACUAAAAUAGCAGGGUUAAGUAAUUGUUUUGGACACAAAAUGGUCCACAAAGUCUAAGAUAUUUACUAUCUGAUCCUUUACAGAAAAGUUUGCCAACCCUUAAUUUAAAUAAAAUAUUCUAUAUUCUUAAUUUUUAAAGUGUUUAUUAGAAAUUAGUGCCACUAAUAAAAUAAAACUGAACAUGUAUUAUUUUUAAGUUGUUUUUAAAUUUGUGGCCAUUGAAACACUCUAGCCACCUAGAUUUUUAAAACAUCAAUACUUUACUAUUUUUAUAUUUCAGAUCCUUUCAAAAAGAAAUGAACACUGUAGAAACAGAUAAAGUUCCCUUUGCACUCCUCCUCAUCCCAUCUGCUUCCCUCUUCUUCCAUUGGUUACCACUUUUUGGAAACAGCUGCCUCUUGUGCAUGGUUUUAUAUUUCUAUUUCAUAUGUAUGUAUCCAUAAACAAUAAUGUAUCUUUUUAUAUAACUCCUGGUAUAAAUAAAUAAAUAACUGUUUAAAUAACUCUCCUGUUAUAUCAUUUUAAAAUUUACCUAAAAGACAUCAUGUUGUACAUACUCUCUAACUUGCUGUAUACAUUCCCAACUUGGUGUUUUCAAUAUUGAUCCAUAUUGAAAUGUUUUACUUUAACCACCAUCUCAGAUUCUACUGCAUGAAUGCACUAUAAUCCAUUACUCUCAGACACAUAGGUUGUUCAAAGGUUUGGCAAUUUACUUUUUCUUAUAUAACCACCAGUUUCUGCCAUCCAUUCAACUUUUACCGAGCACCUAUGAUGUGCCAGGUCUUGUGGACAGAGGUGUAGACCUGGAAACUGGAGUCUUCCCUGGGGUGACAAGGCUCUAACAGAGGCUAGAGGCAGACUCCAAUUUCACACUUGAUUGUGUUGUAUUUAUCAAUUUCCUCAUUUCAAAUUAUCCUUAGAUUCACAGUAUAAAUUCUCUUUAGUGAGGGGUGUCAUUAGCAGCUUUACUGAGGUAUAUUUUAUAUACCGUAAGAUUCAAUUAGAUGUAUACUUUUUAAGUAAAUUUACAGACUUGUGCAAUUAUCACCACAAUUCAAUUGUGCUAAGAUCCCGUGCCCAUCUACAAUCAUCUUGUGUUCCCACCCAUAGCCCCAGGAAACCAUUUAUCUUUCUCUCUGUAGAUUUGCCUUUUCUGGAUACUUUGUACAUAUGGAAUCAGACUAUGUGCUCCCUUGGGGUCUUUCACAUAGUAUGUAUUUGUAGUGCACACCAGUAGUUCACUCCUCUUUAUUGUUCAAUAGUAUUCCAUUAUGUGGAUAUACCACAGCUUGUUUAUCCAUUCCUCUGCUGAUGGGCAUUUAGAUUGUUUCCAUUGUUUGGUUAUUAUGAAAAAUGUUAUAGUCAGCAUAUAUGAGCUUAUAUGGAUGCACGGUUUCAUUCUUUCAUAUACCCUGCAGUUCUAACUACUGAGCCAUAUGGUAAUUUCAUGUGUAACAUUUUGAGUAACUGCCUGUUUUCCCAAGUGGCUGCACCAUUUUACAUUCCCACCAGCAAUGUAUGAGGGUACCAAUUUAUUUGCAACUUCAUCAACAUGUAUAAUCAUCUGUUUUUUUAGUUAUACCCAUCUGAAUGUGUGUAAAGUCUUAUAUCCUUGUGGUUUUAUUUUACAUUUUCUUAAUGACUUAGAGUGUUGAACACUUUUUCAUGUGCUUUUUAGGUAUUUACACAUCUCCUUUGGUGGAAUGUCUAUUUAAAUCCUUUGCCUACUGAAAGAAAUUUUUUACAAUUUAUUUUAUGAUUAUUGCUUAUUUUUUAUCGUAGUAAAAAACAUUAAGCUUAUCUCAGUCUUUUCACAGUUCAGUAGUGUCAAGUACAUUCACACUGCUGGGCAUCUGCCUUUGGCUCAGGUCAUGAUCCUGUGGUCCUGGGAUUGAGUCCCACAUCUGGCUCCCUGCAUGGAGCCUGCUUCUCCCUCUGCCUGUGUCUCUGCCUCUCUCUGUGUCUCUCAUGAAUAAAUAAAUAAAAUCUUAAAAAAAAAAUAAAAACCUGAAACUUGAUACCCACUAAAUACCAAACUCCCUCCACCUGGACUCUGGUAACUAUUUGUUUUCCAUUACUGUGAUUUUGGCUACGUUAGGUAUUUGUAUUAGUGGAAUCAUAUAGUAUUUAUCUUUUUUUUUCUUUUUUCCAAUAGUAUUUAUCCUUUUAUGACUACCUUAAUGUCCUCAAGGCUCAUCCAUAUUGUAGCACAUGGCAGAAUUUCCUUCUUUGAAAGGCUGCAUAAUAUUCCUUUACAUGUAUAUAUCACAUUUUCUUUAUUCAUCUUCAGCAGAUAUUUGGGUUGCUUCGGCCUCUUGGCUACUGUGGCUAAUGUUGGAAUGAACAUGAAUGUGAAAAUAGCUCCUUGAGAUGCUGCUUUAAAUUCUUUUGAUUAUAUAACUAGAAGGAUGGCUGCUGGAUCAUACAAUAAUUCUAUUUUUAAUAUUUUGAGGAACCUCAGUACUGUUUUCCAUAGUGGCUGCAAUAGUUUACAUUCUUACUGACAAUGGACAAAGGUCCCAACUUCUCUGUAUCUUCACCAACACUUGUUAUUUUCCAUUCUUUUGAUAAUAGCCAUCAGAGACGAUGUGAGAUAAUAUCUCACAGUGGUUUUGAUUUGCAUUUCUCUUAUGAUUAAUGAUGCUGAACAUCUUUUCAUAUGCUUUUUGGCUGUUUGUAGAUCUUAGGAGAAUUGUUUGUUCAAAUACUAUGUCCACUUUUUAACAGGGUUAUUUGUCUUAUUUUUUUUUAAU